GCCCCACUCCCACAGCUCAGCUACCAGGGUACAUGGGAACCAUAUGUGGGGAAAGAAGUCUUCUACUAAGUGAGUCCUAAGUUUCAGUCUGGUUCCUAAUGGACCACAUGAAUCCUGCUCCGAUGCUUCCCCUCUCCACUGGUCCUCGCACCUCGAAAAGACCUUGCCUGCUACAGCCACGCUCGUGCAAAAGGCCGGGCGAACCGAGCAGAGGAUCUGUCGGCAGCUCGCACCGGUGUGAUGCCAAACCGGAAGUCGCCAUCAUUUUUCAUGAGCGGUAUGUCCUAGUGUGACUUGCCCCUAGUCACCCAACUGAUUUUGUGCCUAAAGCAGGAUUAGAACUUGUGUUUUCCCAGUUUCCAGCUUGAUUCCUGGUUUUUAUAUGCAAGUUGGAGCUGUGUAUGCAUAUCAGGAGAAACAUAAUCAUCAGUUGCAUAUAGUAGUAAUUAAGUGCUUAAUUAUUACUGUAAUACAGAUAGUCUUUGACUGAAAAUUGCUAAGCUAGGCCAGUAGAGGAAGCAAGGAAAGUAGAGGAAGAAGAUGGCAGAAGAUCCUGGGCAUGCAAAAUGUGAUGGAAGGUGACUAACUGCUCGUUUUUAUAUACCUAUUUGCUGCUGCUGCUGUUUGCUUCAUGGAAUGGUGUACAUAUUGCAAGCUCUAGAUCCUGUCAUCCGUGUCCUGGACCUUUAAGGGCACGAACCGAGGUGGGCCAAAAACUAACUGUGGGAACAGUCCUCCAGACCUUUUCUUGGAUUUCCAGGGCAAUUAUUUUUCUUUCCUUUUUUUUUUUUUUUUUUUUGCAUGCCGAUCACUUGUUAAAACAAUUGUAUGCGUCAUUUUAAAUCCAACAUUAGAGAAGCAUUAGAUCAACCUUUACCGCGUGGUUCUCUUUCCAAGUUGCCCCCAAGAAACCGAGGAUUAGGAAGCAGCUUCAGCUCUUGACGCACAGGAACCAAAGCUGCGCUCCCUCGGGCCGAAUUCUACCCCCGCUUUCCGGUGGAAAUCCAACCCCAAACACCGUCUCCAAGAGCCACCCGGUUGCUGAGCCGAGGAUUGCGCUCUGACGAAACUUUGCGCCGGUCAAACCCGCCCAGCCGGCCAACCCCAGCCCGCCCCGCACCAGCCAGCGGGAAGAACCCGCCUGUCAGCCUGCCUUGUGACCGGAAGGGCCGGGGAGCCGCCCCCGGAGGAAGAGCCAGCUGCAGGAGCGAACGGCGCUGGCAAGAGAGCCGCGGAUUUCCCGGGGAUCCGUCGGGGAGCGGAGGCGCCGGCGCCGGCUGGCCUCCCCUGAGCGGAGGCCUCGGCGGACGGCUUGGGAGGAGAGGGGGGGAGCGGUGGCAGGUUGCAUCUCCACUUCCACUCCUGCGCCCGACCUGCUGUUUGCCUUCCCCUUCUCCUCGCUCUCGCCUCCGGCCUCUUCCCAUGACCGGUGUAGCAGCCCCCAGCCCAGGCGCUUGACCCAGCCUGGAGAGGGGCGUGCGUGGCGCAGAAGCCCGGCCUGGCCAGGGUAGGGGGGCGCUGGAAACGAGAGGAUGCGAAACGCCACGUCCCACCCAUCUUCCGUGGGCGAGGAAGCAGGAAAGGACGGGAUCCUGCCAAGGCUGGCUUGAGCCUGGAGGAAUUAAGGAGGGUGAUUUGAAGAAGAGCUGAGCUUCGCUCAUGGUAAGGAUGGAGCACUCAGUGGAGACCCAGGGGAGCCGAAAUAGGUAGAUCUCCUUCAGGUGGAAGGUGAGAGUUGGCAGGUGAUCUCUUGCGCCAAAUCCCUCCGUGGAUACAAUAAAACUGAAGUGACAGCCGGUGCAAGAGUUAUUGCUCCGUUUUUGAAAGAGAAAGAAUUAAACCCACAAAAGACCUGCUGUUGCUCUUGAAAAUGACAAUAAUUUGGGAUGAUUUAUUUAAUGUAUAUUCUGCCUUUCCUGCAGAAGCUCAAAAGGAUAUUUCCCACCUCCACACACACACCCUCCCCAAUGAUCCUAUGAGUUGGAUAGGUCUGGGAGAAGAUGUCUGAUCUAAAGUCAUCCAUGAGUUUGGGCUUAAGGUGGGCUGGAACCCCAUUUCUAGUCCCACAUCUUAACCCCUGCAUUCAAGCUGUUUACAAAGUAUCCAGAAUCUUGAUGUUUUCCAGAUGUAUUUGAUUAUAGCAGCUGAAGUUAAGAGCGUGCAAGGCCAGCAGACAUCAGUUGACAAAAAAUGCCUUAAAGACAGGCAUUAUUGAACAAUUAUUGAAGCAAUGCCAUUUUAAAGGCAUGGUAGAAUCCCUAAGGAAGAUGCUGUACUUCAUUGUGGUUACCAAGAUUUCUGAAUAUAUAUCCUUAUAUAGCCUUAUAUUUCCCAAUUAAACUAUAUUAGGAUGCUUGCUUUAAAGAUUUAUUUAGGGUUCCAUAUGGUUCCACUGUUACUUUUAUUUUGUGCAUUAUAGCAAAUCAAGUUACAUACAGACUUAUUAAUAUUUAAGUGCGUUUAUUUAAAUGCAUUUUACAUUUUUUACUUAUUCUUACAACAUCCCCAUAAAAUAGAUUAGUAUUCUUCCUAUGUACAUGAGGCUGAGACUGAAAGAGUUUUAUUUGUAGAUAUAAUGAAAUUAUAUAUUUUUAAUCAUAAUCUUAAUUGUAAUUUCCCACUUUGGUUACUUGUAUAUUUGUGGUAGUAAAUAAAGAUUGAGUAUUGAAGAAGAGGAAGAAAUUAAAAAGUAGGUGUAAUCAUUCAAAAACAUGUCAAUCAACUUAAUUAAAUAUUAUUUAGAAUUUGUUGGAUUUUUUUAGAUCUAAAUAUAGUGCAAAGUUACAUUCUUAUAAAUUUUGUUUACAUAAUUAGAAUGUUGGUUUCAUCCAAAUAGGAGGAAAGGUAGGUCAUUGUGCCCCUGAAAAAUGUAAUGCAAAUUAGAUGAUACCAUGUUUUGUAAAAUCUGUUCUAAAAGGAAAUGGCUUAACCUACAAGCUGUUAUGACUGUUCAGCCAGUGGUCUUUUUAUUACAGUGUCUACAACUGCAGACACCAAUGUGAAGAAGGAUUAAAGCCUGUCCAGUAUGAUGAGAGUUACUUUUAAAUAAGCAUACUUAGAUUGCACUGUUUAUAAAUAAUGCAAUAUUGCCAAGAAUACUGAAAACUGGCAACUUAAAUUCUACAGAAUUUAUCAACCAUGAAAAUAGAGCAUAUCUGAAUAGGACUGAACUGGGGAAGGAUACUUGUCUUGCACAGUGGCCUAUAGUAUCCUUCCAAAAAUUUGGAAUGAAAAUAACAUUUCUCUUAGGUAACUGUGGCACAGAUGUGUUGAGACCAGUGCUAGAUGGUAUUAGCAUACUGUGCUGAGCCAUCAACUUGUUGUGAUUGGACAUGAGUUCUGGUAAUUCUCAUGAUGAUAACUUCUUGAGGACUUCUUGAGAAGAUGGAAAUAGGCUCCAAGGUCUUGGGUGCUAAGCAGUCAUGAAACUGACAUCUGUUUUAUUAUUUUGAGGGAUCUGUCUUCUAGAGCAGUGUGUAUUUAUGUAUGUAUUUACUUAAAUUUACAGGUACAAUUUCUAUGGCUGUCGAAGCUGCAAAUGCAAGAGUUCAGUUGUAUUAAAAUAGUUGUCUUCAGAAAUUUAUUCCUCAGCAGUUUGUUUGGUGAACAGGUAUUGUGAAAAUUGACAAUUUCAUACCAUUAAAAGUUUUAAAGAGUGGGGAAGCCUGGCAUUUUGAAUGAUGAAAGACAAUGUAGCUUUCAACCCAGAAGUCCAGAAAUCCAGUUUCUUUCUUUUUAUUUAUUAAUUUAGUAGGCCAUCUUCUGGAAAGCACAAUGAGUGUCAAAGCCUUCAAGCUUGUUCCCGCAGUUGAGUGGGAGUUGCUGACGGGUGACAGAUCUCGAAUCCAUAUCGAAUGUGUGGAGUGCUGUGGACGAAACCUCUACAUUGGAACAAAUGAGGGCUCUAUCUGCCAUUUUCUCUUGGAGGAGAAAAAUCCCCCUUCUGAAAAAACACCUUUUUCUAUUUCCAAGCAGCUGCAUAAGAAUCUCAGUUGCCGGAAGGCUGUGGGAGAGUUGAAAGCAGCUUCUGCACUUAACAGACUUCUGGUGCUCUGUGACAAUACCAUCACUUUAAUGAACAUGAUGAACUUGGAACCCAUCUCCACUGGGGCCAGAAUCAAAGGAGCCCUGAUGUUCACAUUGAAUGAGAACCCUGUGAAUGGGGAUCCAUUCUGUGUGGAAGUGUGUAUUGUUUCAGUGAAACGGAGGACCAUCCAAAUAUAUUUGGUCUAUGAGGACAAAGUACAGAUUUUGAAAGAAUGUUGCACGCGAGAACAGCCUUCUGCUGUAGCGGUGGAUGGCUAUUACUUAUGCCUUGCUCUCACUAGCCAAUAUAUUAUACUGAACUACAAUACUGGAGCUUCCCAGGAGCUCUUUCCUUAUACUGGUGAACCAGUUGUGAAAAGAAUAGGCAGGGAAGAGUUCCUGUUGGCUGCACCUGGGGGUUUAGGUAUGUUUGCCACUGUGGAUGGCAUUUCCCAGCGGGCUCCUGUUCGCUGGUCCGAAAAGGUGAUUGGGGCUGCCCUCUAUUUUCCAUAUGUAAUUGCUCUCGAUGAAGAAUUCAUUACUGUGCACAGUAUGCUGGACCAGCAGCAGAAGCAAACCUUACCCUUUAAGGAUGGGCAUAUCCUACAAGAUUUUGAAGGGAAAGUAAUUGUAGCUACUACCAAAGGGGUAUACUUCUUGGUCCCACUGCCUCUGGAAAAACAAAUUCAAGACCUUUUGGGCAGCCGAAGAGUUGAAGAAGCACUAGUGUUAGCAAAGGGAGCCGAAAGGAAUAUUCCAAAGGAGAAAUUUCAGACAAUGUACAAGCGAAUUUUGCAGCAAGCAGGAUUUAUCCAGUUUGCACAGCUCCAGUUCCUUGAAGCAAAAGAGCUCUUCAGAAGCAGCCAGCUGGAUGUCCGUGAGCUGAUUUCUCUCUACCCUUUACUGUUGCCUACUUCUUCUUCAUUCAUGCGGUCACACCCUCCUCUGCACGAAUAUGCUGACCUAAACCAACUUACACAGGGGGACCAGGGGAAGAUGAUCAAGUGCAAGCAAUUUCUCAUGACCUACCUGAGUGAGGUCCGCAGCACUGACGUCACCAAUGGCUACAAGGAGGAUAUUGACACAGCCCUGUUGAAACUCUACGCCGAGUCCAAUCAUGAAAGCCUUCUGGAUCUCCUGGUCUCUGAGAAUUCUUGCCUUCUGGCAGACAGUGCUGCCUGGUUGGAGAAGCACAAAAAGUUUUUUGCACUUGGGCUUUUGUAUCACUCAAAUGGUCAAGAUGCUACAGCACUACAGUUAUGGAUACAGAUAGUCAAUGGGGAGAUUCAGGACUCUACACGCACAGAUCUUUAUGACUAUAUCGUAGACUUCCUAACCUCCUGUUCUGACCAUGAAUUGGUGUGGAAGUACGCAGAAUGGAUCUUAGAGCAUAACGAGGAGGUUGGUGUAUACAUUUUCACUAAAAGGCCCCUGGAAGAUCAAGAGAAAAACAGCUUUAACCCAGAUGAUGUCAUCAAAUGCCUUAAAAAAUAUCCGGUGUCACUAGUAAAAUACUUGGAGUACUUAGUUCUAGAGAAAAGAAUAAAAAAAGAAAAGUACCACACCCAUCUAACAGUGCUUUACCUCAAUGAAGUGCUCCAUCUGAAGUCACUGGGUGCUGAGAGGCAGGGGAAGCUGACAAUAAUGCAGACAAAACUACGCAGUCUUCUGCAGAGAUCUGACCUUUACCGAGUUCAUUUCAUUUUAGAUAAAAUUGCUGGCACAGAUCUUCAUGCUGAGUGUGCAAUACUGUAUGGGAAGCUAGAAGAACAUGAAAAAGCUCUACAGAUUCUGGUCCAUGAACUGAAGGACUUCUCGGCCGCUGAGGACUAUUGCCUAUGGAAUUCCGAGAGCAAAGGCCUUCCCUACAGACGGAAGCUUUUCCAUCUGCUGCUCUCAACAUAUCUCAAUUCCAGCACAUCCAACCAUGAACUGAAUGUGGCAGCUGUUGACCUUCUGAAUAAUCAUGCAGCUGAAUUUGAUGCUGCAUGGGUUUUGCAGCUAAUUCCUGCCAGCUGGUCCAUACAGUUUCUCUCCUCCUUUCUGAUGGGUGCAAUGAGGGAAAGUCUCCAUUCACAAAGAAUGGCUGAGAUUGCACUGAGCUUAGCGAAAGCUGAGAACCUCAUUUACAAGCAUGAAAAGGUGAAACUAAGAGAAAGCCCAAUCCUUCUCUCUGACAAAAAACUCUGCCAGGUGUGCCAGAAACCUUUCUGUGAACCUGCCUUUGUCCGGUAUCCCAACGACACUGUUGUCCACAUGCACUGUGCUUCAAAGAGACUUGUGAAUUCCAACACAAACCAUCACUUAUCCAGCUCCAGUGGACGGACAUGAAAUGAGUUGAGUCAGUGGCUGUGCUAGGAUUGGAUUCCUAGGAGUAACAAAGGAGGAUCUGGAGGAAAAAGAACAAGGCAAGAGGAAGGGGCUGGCUUGGCGUAGAUAGGAAGGCACAAGCUCAACAUGAAACAGAGCCACUGAACUUUUUAAAAAGUGACAGCACAGGAAAUCACAGGGGGUUAUGUAGAAUGAAUCUUUUCCUCACAGGAAGGGUGAGUGGUUUAGCAUGAAAGAACUUUUUUUAAAAUUAAAAUUUGCACUGAACUUGGUUAUCAACUGGUCUUGAAGUGAGAGGGGACAGCGUCACGUUCUGUGCCCUCGAUGCGGUUAAUAUUUGAAGCACUUUUGAGCCUUUGUUCGCCUCCUUUUUCUGCCUUCUAUGUUCACCUAUUACCAACUGAUGGAAGCACUGACAUCUUAGUAAUUCCUGCUUUAGUUAUGAGCAAGGCAGGACAAUGCAAAGACCACUUACUCACUAUUUCCAACCUUAGGAAUAAGUCAAAAUGUGGGUGUCUCUCAUGCGGGAAGCAUAUAACAUUUGGGAUUUGGGUGGGGGGGAGGUCUGGUGGAACAGGCUGUAGUAAUUGUAAUGACUUAUUUAUUACCAUAAAAAUGUUCUGUAAAUACUGUUGAAUGAAAAAGGUUUUUUUAUAUAUAUCUCAACAUUCUCUAGAACCAAAAUAACUAAUCAGUGAUUUCUGGGUAGCGCUCUUUGUUUUGUUUAAGUGUCUAUACCCAUCAUUACAAAGAGCCAUUAUUAAGCUUUCCUGCAAGCAAAGAAACCAGUGCCUCUCCUUUGCAGGAAUGACAUGAAAACUUUUAUUCUAAGGGAUAACAAAAUGGGAAAAAAAAUAACAAAUCACAGGUGACUUCACAAGGUGCUGAGUAUGCUUGGUAACAGUUAAUAAAAUACUUCAAGAAUUCUGAAA